AUGGGAGAAGCGCCACCCUCCAAAGAGCACAUCUUGUGUCUUCUACCUUUUCCAAACAACCAACCUAUUCUCGAUAGUAUAAUCAAGAAACAUCCAAAUGUCGAAAUCGUCUACAAGCAAUUCUCAUACCAAAAAGGCACUCGUAUUAUAAACAAGGAAGAUAUCCCCGAAGAUGAGGUUGAGAAAGCAACUAUUCUAGUCACCUUGGGAUAUAUACCAACACCGCAGCUGGCGAAGAAUCUUAGGUUGAUUCAUCUGUUUUCUGCGGGUGUGGAUUGGGCCAGUCAGACGCCUAUUUGGAAAGAAACCAACAUCCCUUUCACCAACUCCUCGGGCGUCCACGCACCCCAGAUAUCAGAAUGGGUCGUCAUGCAAAUCCUUUCCAAUGCUCACAAGCAAAAACUCCUUUUAGAGCUGCAAAAGAAGCAUGUGUGGGGUUCUCACGCAGAUAUUGGAGCGGUCAAAGAUAGUGUAGGUCAAAGACUAGGUGUACUCGGUUACGGCGCCAUCGGACGACAAGCCGCCAAAGUAGCAAAAGCCAUGGGAAUGGACGUAAUAGCAUACACCGCCAGCCCACGUAAGACUCCAGAGAGUAAAAAGUACACUGACUACACCGUCCCCGGCACCGGCGACCCAGAGGGUCUCAUCCCCAGUGCUUGGUACUCCGGCCUCACCAAAUCAGAGCUCCACAAUUUCCUCUCCCAAUCCAUCGACAUCCUCCUAAUCUCCGUACCCCUAACACCACAGACCAGACACUUCCUCUCCACCUCCGAAUUCAGCAUCCUAUCUUCGCAAAAAGCGUUCGUCAUUAACAUCGCCCGCGGCCCGAUCGUCGACCACGAUGCUCUUAUUUCAGCGCUGAAGAACGGCGAUUUGAGGGGCGCGGCGCUCGAUGUCACGGAGCCGGAACCGUUGCCUAAGGAGAGUGAGUUGUGGGAUCUGGAGAAUGUGAGUGUGACGCCGCAUGUGAGUGGGAUUGGCACGGCCUAUUUUGAUCGUAGUUUUGAGAUUUUGGAGGGGAACUUGGGGAGGAUUGAGAGGGGGGAGGGAUUGUGGAAUUUGGUUGAUCGGAGGAGGGGGUAUUGA